GAACAGGAAGUUGAACAGGUAAACCCUGGAGAAACAAUGCUUAUGGGUCCGAGUCGCGUCUUAGUUUCAUUUUCUCACUUGCUCGCGCAGUAAAUGGAUUUGUUCUGGGUGUAAACAUCUCUAACCUUCUUUCCGCUCCGGGGGAUUGAACAUGGCGAUAGCAAACGUCGCGACAGAGUAUGUUUUCUCAGAUUUCCUCCUGAAAGAACCGAGCAAUGAGGGCAAGUAUAAGGGCGCGCGCCUGGACCUGGCUCUGGAUAAGCUGGUGCUGUGUAUUGCAGUGGGUCUGCCGCUGCUACUCAUCUCUCUGGCCUUCGCUCAGGAGGUUUCAGUCGGGACUCAGAUCAGCUGCUUCUCUCCCACUAACUUCUCCUGGCGUCAGGCUGCGUUCGUGGACGCUUAUUGCUGGGCAGAUGUACGGAAACAGAACACAGGGGGACUUCCUCUCUCUAUGCAUAAGUUUUUUCCCUACAUCCUCUUGUUAGUCGCCAUGCUGGUGUACCUCCCAGCCCUGUUUUGGAGAUUUACGGUGACUCCUAGUCUCUCCUCUGAGCUGACAUUCAUCAUGGACGAGCUCGACCGCACUUACAACAGAGCCAUCAAACUGGCCAAACGCCUCCACAGCAAUCCCCCGCACUCUGACACACACAGCUCUGCUUCAGACCUGACCGAAAGCUGUUUUAAGUACCCGUUGGUGGAACAGUAUCUGAAGACCAAGCGCUUAUCUUACUGCCUGCUACUGCGCUACAUACUGUGCCGAGCCUUCACCUUCCUGGCCCUGAUCCUGGCCUGUAUCUACUUGUGUUACUACAUUCGUCUGUCUGUAACGGACGAGUUUCCGUGCAACAUCCGCUCAGGUGUGCUGUUUAAUGACUCGUCCGUACCCGAUGCUCUGCAGUGCAAACUGGUGGCUGUGGGUGUGUUCCAGCUCCUCAGUUACAUCAACCUUAUCGUGUACUUCUUGCUGGCACCCACAUGUGUGUACUCCAUGCUGGUUCCUCUGAGGAGCUCGGCUGAAUUCCUCAAACCUUACGAGAGGCUGCCCACGCUCGGGGUGAUGGAGCUAGGACCCAGGGCGUGGAAUGAUCUGGCGUUGUACCUGCUGUUUCUGGAAGAGAACCUGAGUGAACUGAAAAGCUAUAAGUUCUUGAAGGUAUUAGAGCUCCUGAAGGAGUCUGGAGAGAUGCAGUUUGACACCCUGGUCCUGCUUCAGUCACUUGGUCAGGUGAAAACGGACGUAGUGGAUGGAAAUCUGCAAAAGAACUCGCAUGCAGAGACAAGCCUGGGGAAGAGUGGAGAAAACUGUAUAGCGAUGAAAGAAGUCUCCCCUCUGCUGACCGAAGACGGGACGCCUCGAGCCGAUGCUGCUGUGCGCCAGAGAGUCACAUGACGUGCCACAGUGUCACAUGAUGUCUAUGUGGUUAAAUGCAAUGCUUAAUGAGACGUCAUGGACUGUGGUUCAGGAAGACAGUGGUUAAUGGUACUUUAUGAUUGUGUGUGUGUGUGUGUGUGUGUGUGUGUGUGUGUGUGUGUGUAGCCCACAUUGCUUCAUUCAAAUGCCACAUUUACCUCAUCUUUUUAUGCAUUAUGAUGGGCUGAUAUGUAAAUGGGGUGUAUAUGUGGUCCGAAUGCAUAAUGUACAUAAUGGUACACUGAUAUACAUACAGAUUAACAUGGGGAUCGAGAGUUCAGCAUAAAAAAAAACCUGAUUGGAUUCUUUCCAUCAUUGCUCCUUUAACAUCUUUUUAAUAAUUUAUUCUUAUUAAACUUCAUCAGAAAUGUUAAUUCAGGGCCUCAUUACCAGCAUUGCUGUUUUCAGUAACCCCAGUGUCUCAACUCAGUGUCUCAACUCUGUCCCCAUUAUAGAACAACCCCCCUCGAACUCGUUUGUUUUGGAAUAUUUUAGUGUCUUCAUUUUCUAUAACUUGAAUAUUCUCUUUAUUCUCUGGGAGUUUUUUGUUCUAAUGGUAGCAGGUUCGUUCCUAACGGAAAAUCCUUUCAAGCUAGCUAAUUUAUUACGGAUUGUUUUAUUUAUUUAUUUCCUUCAAGUUAGGGGAGGCUUAGGUGAGCGAAGUGCAACGCACAAAACGCAAACAACAAGCAAACCGUAUAGAGGUAAUGUUCAAAUUCUCAGCAGGAAUGAAUGGUAUUGUGUGUAAAUGUUUUACAUGUAAAAAUAAUUCAAUGUGUCCAUUGAAUGUCCGGUGUCUCUGAAAACAUCUUCAUGAGACCACUGUUGUUGCAGUCGUAUUUUUAAAGACGAUUCACUAACAAUGUAUCUGUCUUUUUUUAAAUGAUUGCACUUAAUCGGGAUUUUGUACAUCUUUGUAUGCAGCGAAAAAUCAUGUUUUUUUGACGUCCUCCAUUUUGGGUAAAGAAUAAAAAAAAUGGUGGUAUUGCUGUUCUUAUACAGAUCAUUAUUCUGUACAAAUAGACAUAAAGUCACACUUUUUUUUAAAUACUUGAACACUUUUUACUCUCGGAUAAUACAUCUCAUGGGAAAAA